AUGCCCACAACCCCCCCAAACCCAAUCCUAACCUCCACCCCAAGGCUGCACAUCUCCCUCUUCAACCCCAAAGACCCGCAGCACAGCACCUUCCUCCACAAACUAGCAACUACAACCCCAGGCUUCGAAGACUACGUCGGGCACAGCCCACGAAUCCGCACCCCAACCGACGCAACAACCUACCUCACCACACAGCUGCAGCCCCGCUACGCCGCCUCGGGCCACCGGUACGGCGACUUCUUGGUCUCGCGCCGACCGCACCCGACCGCCACAUUAGCCGAGAGCGUCCCCAUCGGCGCCGUGUACCUGGACGACGAGGUGAAGGGCCACGCGGUGGCGAGUAUCGGGUAUUGCGUGCUGCCGGGGGAGGCGGGGCGCGGGUAUGCGAGUGAGGUGGGGCGGGCGCUGGUGCGGUAUGCGCGGGCGGAGAUGGGGUUACGCGGGGUGUGUGGGAUCUGUGCUGUGGGCGAUGCGCGGAGUCGGCGCGUGCUGGUGAAGAUUGGGUUUGUGGAGCGCGGGGUGUGGGAUUUUAGUACGCUGGGCGGCGGGGGGAAGAGAUUCUUUCUGGAUGGGUGGGCAAGAUCGAGAAUGGCAUAG